UGUGUGUGUCUGUGUCUCUCAGAAGUGACAGAGCAGGGCGGCCGGCGGGACCUGAAGGCCGUGCCGUUCAUCAGUUACCUGUCCAGUCUCCUGAAGACCCAGCUCCUGUCAGAUGAUCUGGUGGCCGGAGUGGAGAUCCGCUGCCAGGAGAAGGGCAGCUGCCCGGCCGCAUGUCACCUCUGCAGACAGGCAGCCCGAGAGACGUCCAGCCCCACACCGGUCCUGCUGGAGGUCAGCCGCGUCGUGCCGCUCUACAGCCUGGUGCAGGAUAACAGCACCAAAGAGGCCUUCAAAAGUGCCACCAUGAGCUCAUACUGGUGCGCGGGGAAGGGUGAUGUCAUCGAGAACUGGUGCCGAUGUGACCUGACUGCGCUCGGAAAAGAUGGACUUCCCAAUUGCAGCCCACUGCGGAGACCUGUAUUAAGACUGGCUCCACACCUGGAACCCUCCAGUACGAUGGUGGCGCUGGAAUGGAUCGAUGUAGAGCCUCUGAUUGGCUACAAGGUGUCAGAUUACAUCAUUCAACAUAAGCGAGUGGAGGACCCAUCAGAGGCUGAAAUCUACACAGGAGAGGUUUUGAGCCUGAUGGAUGAUCUGUUUUCGGGUCUGGGCUCCUCAUGUGUGGUUGCAGGACGGAGAAAUGCUGAACAUCCUCAUAAUAUGAUCUAUUCGCUCGUCUUCAAGUGCCUGGAGCCCGACAGCCUUUAUAAGUUCAGUCUGUAUGCGGUGGACAGUCGCGGCAGUCGUUCGGAUGUGAGUUUUGUGAGCGUCCGCACCUCCUGCCCGAUGGUGGAUGACAGUAAAGCAGAAGAGAUCGCAGACAAAGUUUACAACCUGUAUAAUGGCUACACGAGUGGAAAGGAGCAGCAGACGGCCUAUAACACCCUGAUGGAGAUCUCUCCGCCGCUGCUGUAUCGCGUUCAGCAUCACUACAACUCACACUAUGAGAAGUUUGGAGACUUUGUGUGGAGAAGUGAAGAUGAGCUCGGACCCAGGUACUCUACCUGCAUCUCCCAAAUCUCAUUUAAUUCUGUUCUGAGAACAGUCGAAUGCAUUUUAAUCUUGCACUGUAGUUUAAAAACUCGUAGCUUUCAUUUUUGGUAUGACACUCAUUAA